AUUCGGAGAGAGAUCAUGGAUCGAAGAGUGACAGCUAUUUCGUUGGUUUUCCUGCCCCUGCUGGGAAGCACCUUGUGUUUCCAGGAGAAGGCUCCGGGGCAGACGAGCCUGAUCUCCGGACAGACCAGGACGGAUAAGCAGCAACAGGUGCUAGACGAUCCACUGGGCAGUGGACGCGGGCUCGAAGAGCACCUGAUGAAGACCAUUGGUAAGGGCGGCAUCAAGCUGGUGAUGGCCUCGGGCGCCCCGUCCACCACACCGAAACCGUCAGUACAACACCAUUACUAUUAUCCACCAGAGGAUCAGCAGCACCCGCGUCAGUAUGGCUACGGUCCUCCGCCACCAUGGUCGCCGGCACCACCACCACCACCGCCACCUAUCUACCCACAGCGUCCUUGGGGGCCACCACCGCCUCCGGGACCAGGACCGCCACCUCCUCCGCCAGUCCAGCCGCCCUUCUACAAUCCCUACUACAAUGGUUUCAACUACUACGGCGGCUAUGGAUAUGGGGCCUAUGGCUAUCCCGGCUUCGGCGGCUAUCCUGGCUUUCCCUACUAUCCCUUCUUCCGCUCCUCGGCAGGAGGAGUCGGCGAUGUGGAUAACCAACUGUCCGUUCCCGAGGGUCUUACACCCUCCGGCAUUCCUGGCGUUUUCCAGGGCAGGGCCACCCUGCUGAGCCAACCGAACUUCCUCGAGGGCAGAAACAACGCCAACAUUGUGCCAUUAUAUCACCUGCUCCAAAUGGCCAGGACCUAGAGUGAUGUGAACGAAUUCCUAAAUAAAACUGAAUAACUUAUGUAAUACAUAUGUGGCUUAAAGAGUUGUUAGUUUUAAACAGGGAGUUAA